CAUGGGAUAGAGCCGCACAUUUUAAUAUAUAUAUUGUGAGGUGGACGCAGUGGUACGGGCUGCAUUGACGGUGGUAGUCAGUUAUUUUCAGGUGAAGAACAAUAGGUGCCUGCCAUACAUUUCUGUGGCAGGCCCCAAUGAAUAAUAACGCUUUUGAGAUGUAACUAAAAGACAAAGCUGCAAAAAGAUGAGAUUUUUUUAAGCAUUUGACCAGUUAUGAUUUCUUGAAAUUCUAAUACUAGAAAAGUUGAUCUUUCUAAACUGCUUUUUAUUUUAUUCAUUAUGUCCAUGUUCCUGUUUUCAGCUUAUUGUAUUUUACUCUGUGUGCCUGAGUAAUUCACAGACGACAAUUUAAAGGCGGGUAAGCAAAGACCCAACAAAGUUUCAAAAAGCAUAGUCUUUCUCGUUAACUUUCUUUUUUCAAUCAAUCACUGAAUCAAGUUUAUCUGCACAGCACAUUUCAGCAACACCUAAGUGCUUCAUUUACAGCGAGAAAACAUUUAAAAAACACACACACACACACACACACACAUAAACGCAUCAUACAGUCAACAGUUGUGAAAACCAAAAAUAGACUUUACAUUUUCACUGGCCAGGAACUUUUAAAACAUGUUUCAUUUAAUUUUAUUUUAUUAAAAGGCGAAAAGGAACCUUUAAAUCUCCCCGUUUCUUCGCUGAUAAAUUAUGGCUCCGAAUGAACCGCAUUUUAUUUUUACGAAAGUCCACUAACGCAGCACCAGCUUCUUCUUCUUCCAUCCCCUAGAGGGCGCUAACAAUAUUACAUUGACGAACAUGCUUGUUUAGAGUCGCUUGUCAACUUUAGGCUGUAAAAAGACCAAAACGUUAAAUUUGACGAUCAAGGCGGACUUUAUGUAGCUUUCGUUCACUAUAAAUCACACAAAUAUGAUCUCAUUUGGGUUAUUUUAAUAUGUGUUGGGCUGUCGCGGCAUGCUAACCGUCUGUUUGCUCUUAGCUAGCUAGCUAGCUGCUAGCGGCUGUUGAUGCAGAUGUUAGCCCCAGUUUGAACAGAGGAAUAGCUUCUGAAAAAGAAGAGAAACAAGUCCAAAUGGAUCUCAAAUUUUACUCUGAGUUGUCGGAUGACUGUCCUGCAAAUGUUGACGCGGAGUUCAUGGACACGCAGCCGUACGGCGGAUACUCCGAGGAGAACAAGUUUUCUGAAGGCAGCGACAGCUAUCUGACCAUUAGUGGAGCUGGGCAUCACUUCCUAUCAGCAGAGCAGACAUUUCACACUCCUAGUCUCGGGGAUGAGGUGUUCGAGAUCCCCCCGAUAUCCCUGGAUCCAGACCAGGCUCUCAGCAUCAGCGAGGCGGUCUCCCACUUCGACCUGACCGACGGCUCAGACGACACCAGCGGUUCUUCUGGCUCCAGGAGCCUGGUGAGCAACCUGGUAGUGGAGGCCAAUGACCCGUCGUUCGCCUCCACCUUUGGGACUCCAGCUCUGGAGAGGCUGAGCCUCGGGCCGAUGGGUCAAGCCGGAGGGGCAGCCCUGCUCAGCUCCUCUGCCCUGGAGAUGGGGAACUCCAGCGGCUCACAUUUCAGCCGCUCUCCUCCCAUGACCAUCGAUGUCCAGCUGAGCGAGUUAGGUCACGGUCUCCUGGAGGGCAGCGAGCUGACCGGCAUAAACCCGUCAGAUCUGACGCUGGGGCUCGGGGGAAGUAACCUGGGUCAUCAUCCGGACGCGCCAGAGGAGCCGCUGCUAAUAUCCUCGUCUCCAGUCGGUUCCCUGCAGGACGAGGACAUGGACGACUUCAAGAGAAGCGUGCUGGUGGACUCCCCCGUGUCCAUCUCCUCCUCCCCGGUCCUGUCCCACAUGUCCCCCUACCCCCCAUCCCCGUCCUCUGCCUCCCCGGCGGCAGCGGCCAGGCGGGUCGGAGGGAAACCCGCCGCCCUGGCCUCGGCAGCCGAAACGGCGGCGGGAGGAAAGAAAGGAAGGAGGAAGAAGGAUCCCAACGAGCCGCAGAAGCCCGUCUCGGCGUACGCUCUGUUUUUCAGAGACACCCAGUCGGCCAUUAAGGGCCAGAACCCCAACGCCUCCUUUGGGGAGGUGUCAAAGAUCGUGGCGUCCAUGUGGGACAGCCUGGCGGACGAUCAGAAGCAGGUUUACAAAAAGAAAACGGAUGCAGCCAAGAAGGAGUACCUGAAGGCGCUGGCAGCGUACAAAGCCAGCCAGCUGUCUCAGCCAGCCGCUAUGGAGACAGAGACCUGCCCCCCUGUGGUGGACCUGACCCUGGGAAGCCCCCCUCCUGCGGGCCAGCAGACCCUUCUCCUGCCCUCAGCCAGCACCAGCAUGGAGGCCAACAUCAUCCUGGACGUUCCUCCCCAGACGGGCGCAAACCCAGUCGUCCUGCCUCCGACCCAGACCGUCACCAAGAUCAUCAUCCCCAAGCAUUUGCUGCAGGCCGGGGGCCAGGUGGUGACGCUGUUAUCCGGGGGGGUCGGCGCCGUGCAGCCCACCCUCCUGGUGUCCAGCGCCGCCCGCCAGCCGCCGCCUCUGCAGCAGAUGCAGAACGCGCCGCCCCCGCCGCGGCUCCAGCAGAUGGCGCCGGCCCCGCCGCCGCUGCAGGCCAAACCCAGAGAGGGAGCGACGACGACGCUGGGCCAGCCGGUCGCCAUGGCGGCGACGCCUCCACCUCCGCUCCAGAUCAAAAUAGUCCCUGCGUCGGUUCAGGACAGGUUGGUCACACCCAGCGCUGCUGCUGCGGCUGCCACCGUGCAGCCGGCGCAAGACAGGAGUUCUGCUGCAGCCACAGACGACGACGUCACUGAGAUUCUGGAUUCAGACGAGGACGUGAUGGAGGUGAGCGCGUCCGCCGGCGCCUCCGUGAAGAGCAUGUGUGUGAGAGCGGGCUGCACAAACCCGGCCAUCGACAGCGAGGACUGGGACCAGGAGUACUGCAGCAACGAGUGCGUGGCCACUCACUGCAGGGAGGUCUUCAAGGCGUGGUGCUCCAUCCAGAACCAGAACCUGGGCACGGUGAAGUGAAGAGCGCCCUCUACUGGUCUACACAAACACAACCGACUGAUAUAUAUAUUUUGCUGGUAACACUAGUCAGCUGAAAAAUCUUUUUUUUUGUUUGUUUGUUUUUUUGAGAAACUGGAACAAAGAUGAGUGCUGGUUGUUGUCACUGCUUCAAAUGUGAAUUGUAGUUCAGCAGCAGCAGUGAGUUUUCUGGGGAAGAAAUGAAGUGUCAGUAAAUCCGAUCCAGAAGUGGAGACAGCCAACUCUGUUACCGGAAGAUCUAAUGGCAGCUAGUACAGUUUGAAAACUCAGUAACAUUUUACUUUUUCUCUUCUUUUUUUUUUAACAGAAAAUAAAUAAUAAUAAAAAAAAACAUUCCCAGUAAUGAACAAAAUAAAAAGCUCCAGAUCAGCCUGGCAUUAAAUGCCUUUAUUUGUUUGUAUGUGUUUGGUAUUUGAUGAUGGCUUUCCAUGUGGGGUAAUGCCUUUUUUGUAUGAUCUUUUAAUCAGGCAGUUUAGUUGUUUCUAAAUUCUCAUGUUUUUUAAAAUAAAAGCCUGUAGCAGAGGA